CCUCCAUCUUCUCUCACAAGAAAAAGAGGCUGAGCUGGCCUCUCCAUACCUGAGGUGACUUAUCUCCUCGUUACAAUCUUGGCGGGCGGCCAGGUGUUUCCCCCGCUCUCCUACUGCUCUCCUUGACAUUUGAGCUUCGCAAAAACAUGUAGGUUGCGCCUGAAACGCCUCGACGGCCCACGACUUUAGCACAUUACUACUGUGAUUCUAUCACCUACUGUUGUUGCCCUUACUUCUCUUUACUUCCACAGGUUCACGUAAUUCAUCAUGGAGACGCGCCCUACUUGGGAUUGGUCCUCGGUUGGGGAUACUUCUGCUCGACAGUCUGAACCAGAGCCACGUGCAGCGACACCAGAGCCCACAACGCGAUGGGCAUCUCCUCCAAAGCCCGAUACUACCUCUAACCAGGAGUCUCGAAGCGGACCGAGACAGAGGCGCUACGGCCCGCGCACAUGUCGUAUAUGUCUCGACACUGAAGAGCCCAGGUUUCCUGAACAGUCAACAACGUUUGGUAUUCCUACAGGUUCAUCUCGACCUACAUACGUCUCCGACGAUCCCGAACUGGGAAGAUUGCUAUCACCAUGCAAGUGUAAGGGUUCGCAGAAAUAUGUUCAUGAAGGAUGUCUCAGCGCCUGGAGACUCGCAAACCCCAUGGAAGCAAGGAACUACUGGCAGUGCCCGACUUGCAAGUUUACGUAUCGCAUUUCUCGACUACACUGGGGCUCCGUUUUGAGCAGCAAGUGGGCGCAGGUUGCUUUGACCCUCUGGUUCUGUAUACUGAGCAUUUUUGUCCUCGGAUUUAUUGCAGAUCCCCUCUUUGAUCUUUGGUCCGACCCAAUUGGAACAAUCGGCGAAACUGUCACAAGCGUGGUCACAGAUAUCGAAGCCUUGAGACAACCUCCACCACAAGUACCAACCUCUUGGUUCGAGCACUUCGUCAAGGGCUUCUUCUCCCUAGGAAUUGUCGGACUAUUCAAGACGAUGCUUACUGUGUCUCCAUUCAGUUGGUGGCAGAUCCGAAGCAGCGGCGUGGCAGGUGGCGGUGGUAGGAGAGGAGGCACUGGCCGAAACCGUGUCGAGAACAUCAACCUCAUUUUUGUACUCAUUGGUGCAUUCACUUUCCUUGUGGGCAUCUGGAAAUUUGUUCAGAAGCUGAGUGCUCGCGUGCUCAAAAACGUGAGCGACAGGGUUGUUGAUGUCGGCGAAGACGAUGACGAAGAUGAAGAUAUCGGCGAUGGACCGAAUCAAGGAAGUAAGAAAGGUCAAUGAAGCUAAGAAGCUUUUGUUCUGAAGCAGUCUUUUGUCCCAUGCCCCCAAUGCUUUUACAUCGUGCAUGUAUCUGCACACUCUUAAGUUGCCUAGAUCUUGCUCUUCCCUGUCAAGUCAACUAGUCUGUGUGCAAAGAUUUACGCUCUGCUGCGCCUUGGGUGAGAACCGUUUUGGCUCUUCGCUCGCUGGUCAGCAUGAGAUUAUCAGUCUCCAUUCACGCAUCGUGAUGCUUUCGGGCGUUCGUAACGGUGUGAGGCAUCUGCUGGGUACACUACCCUCGUACAGAAGCAGUGAGCAGGUUGCCGAAUGUUGGUUGAUACAUGCUUGUAUUAUUAUGUAUCAUGAAUAAACGAGACCUCUACUGUGGUCGUUAUAAUCAA